CAUGCCAAAGAAGCCUCACGGGGAAGGAUCAAACGACGGACUGACUACUGAACCGAGAAAUCAUAAUAGACCUCUGCUUUGACAGAGUGGGGAUAAUGGUGGUGCUUAGCGUCGUCGGACAAGGUGUCGGCCGGAUAGUGGGACUCGGCCGGAAGGGCGGUGUAGGCCAGGUUGUGGCCGCCUUGGCGGCGGCGCUCUUGCUCCGCCUGUUCUCCGGCCCCGGCCCGGCGUACUUGCCGGAAAAUGAGGCGGAGGACGAGAAGGACGGUGGCGGAGAUGGAAUUGACGGCGGCGAAUCUCCGUCCGCCGGAAAAGUUUCACCAGUGACUAUCCGGUGGAGCGACAUCACCUGCUCCCUCUCCGAUAAGUCCUCCAAAGGAGUGAGAUUUCUGCUUAAGAAUGUGUAUGGAGAGGCAAAACCAGGAAGAUUGCUUUCAAUAAUGGGGCCAUCAGGAUCAGGGAAGACAACACUGCUCAAUAUUUUAGCAGGUCAAAUUAUUGCUUCACCCCGGUUGCAUUUAUCAGGCCUUUUGGAGGUCAAUGGACGGCCUGUGUUGAACAGAAAUUAUAAAUUUGCUUAUGUGAGACAAGAGGACCUUUUCUUCUCACAAUUGACUGUUCGAGAGACACUAUCUCUUGCUGCUGAACUCCAACUUCAGGAGAUAUCUUCAGUGGAAGAGAGAGAUGAAUAUGUGAACAAACUAUUGUUCAAACUAGGCUUGGUCAGUUGUGCUGAUUCUCCUGUCGGGGAUGCUAAGGUCCGUGGAAUUAGUGGUGGUGAAAAGAAACGUCUAUCCCUGGCAUGUGAACUGAUAGCUAGUCCAUCAGUCAUAUUUGCUGAUGAACCUACAACUGGUCUUGAUGCCUUCCAGGCAGAGAAGGUGAUGGAAACACUUCAACAACUUGCACAGGAUGGACAUACUGUAAUAUGCUCCAUACACCAGCCCAGAGGUUCAGUCUAUGUGAAAUUUGAUGACAUUGUGCUGCUGGCAGAAGGCGGACUUGUUUAUGCUGGACCUGCACAUGAUGAACCACUGGCAUACUUCUCAAGAUUUGGGUACCAUUGCCCAGAUCAUGUUAAUCCAGCUGAAUUUUUGGCUGAUUUGAUAUCUGUUGACUAUAGUUCUGCUGAAAGUGUCUACUCUUCCCAAAAGAGGAUAAAUGGCCUUGUUGAGUCCUUCUCACAAGAAGCACCAUCAAUUGUAUCUGCAACUCUUCUUGCUAGAAGGAAAACUUCUAAGAACAAUAACAAUUUAAGGAAGCAUACUACUGUGAAAAAGAAAGGGAGUUGGUGGAGGCAGUUUUGGCUGCUCCUUAGACGUGCUUGGAUGCAGGCUUCUCGUGAUGGGCCUACAAACAAAGUUCGGGCAAGGAUGUCGAUUGCAUCAGCAAUCAUUUUUGGCUCUGUUUUCUGGAGGAUGGGAAGAUCUCAGACUUCAAUACAGGACAGAAUGGGAUUGCUUCAGGUUGCAGCCAUAAAUACAGCCAUGGCUGCCCUCACAAAAACUGCAGGCGUCUUUCCCAAGGAACGUGCUAUUGUCAAUAGAGAGCGUGGUAAAGGGUCUUAUGCAUUAGGUCCAUAUCUGCUUUCUAAGUUACUAGCUGAGAUCCCCAUUGGAGCAGCAUUCCCAUUACUCUUUGGAACCAUUCUGUACCCCAUGUCUCGUCUUAAUCCAACUUUGUCCAGGUUUGGAAAGUUUUGUGGAAUCAUAACAAUGGAGUCCUUCACUGCAUCUGCAAUGGGUCUAACCGUGGGGGCUAUGGUUCCAACCACUGAAGCAGCAAUGGCCUUAGGACCAUCUCUUAUGACAGUUUUUAUUGUGUUUGGAGGCUAUUAUGUCAAUGCAGAUAACACACCAAUUUUCUUUCGCUGGAUUCCACGUGUUUCCCUUAUAAGAUGGGCAUUUCAAGGGCUUUGCAUCAAUGAAUUUAGUGGCCUUCAAUUUGAUAGUCAGCAUUCUUUUGAUGUACAAACUGGAGAACAGGCACUUGAGCGGCUUUCUUUUGGAGAAGGUCGUGUUGGAGAUACAGUGAUGGCUCAGGGUCGAAUACUGAUGUUCUGGUACUGCACCACGUAUCUUCUCCUCGAGAAAAAUAAGCCCAAGUACCAGCGGCUGGAGGCACCUCCUCUCGAUGAAACUAAACCGCAGCUGCAGCUUGAACCUCUUGAUCUUGAUCUGGAGGAAUCAUACCAACAAAUUGAGCCUCCAGUCGAAGAGCAAGGUAAACCUGGCCAGCAGCUUGAAUCUCCCCCACUAAAGCUUCUUAAUCCCUUUAUCCUAGAAGGUUUGUAAUUACUUGGGCAUUGAUGUUGAUGACAUAAGAUGUGCCACUUUUUAUUUGAUUUAUCUCAUACAGGUGCUAGUCUGGAGGAGAUGCCUGUGCAAUAGAGGAGGGCCCCUUGCUUUCUUAGGGAGAUUUGAGCUAUUUAUAGUGAAAAAAAUACACUAAACUGAUGAUAGUUUUUAUUGAUGAAUGUAAACAUAUUAGGACCUUUUGUCUGAGGGUCGCCAAUUUGCCAAGGCAUCCAUCCUAAGUGCUAGUUCUCCAUUGAUAUGGUAAGUUGACAACUUAUUGAAUUUAACUUAAUUAUUUUCUUA